AAUUCUUUUAGCUUGUUUUCUACAAAUGCGCACAGUGUUGCCAAGCGUCGUUUGGCAGAUUAUUUUUCUAGUGUGAUCAGUGAUCCUUGUGAUAAAUUAAUAUCUUAAAAUUCCUAAGUCAUCUGCUGUUGCCAGUCGUGUCAGAUAUAACAGGGGUGAAAACACUUUGUGAUGAGAUGUUGCGAAUGACAAAUUUUAUGGCGUACACUUUCGUGUGUACUGUAAUAUUUAUGUAUGCCGGUACUCCGGUUACGACUAUUUCACCUAAUCCACCACCACCGGUUAAAACAUGCGGUUACAAGUCCUGCCCAAAGCUGGACCCAGCCAAGUUGAACGUGCAUCUGAUAGCCCACAGCCACGAUGACGUCGGCUGGCUGAAGACGGUGGAUCAGUACUACUAUGGCAGUCACACAAGCACACAGAAUGCUGGAGUGCAGUACAUCUUGGACUCCGUGAUACAGGAACUGAGACGCAACCCAGAUAGGAGGUUCAUCUACGUGGAGACUGCGUUCUUCUGGAAGUGGUGGGGGGAGAUGCACGACAUGCUCCGGCACCAGGUGAGGAACCUGGUCAACUCGGGGCAGCUCGAGUUCAUCGGCGGGGCGUGGAGCAUGAACGACGAGGCCACCACGCACUACCAGUCCAUCGUCGACCAGUUCACCUGGGGGCUGAGGAAGCUGAAUGACACUUUUGGUAGCUGCGGCCGCCCACACGUCGGCUGGCAGAUAGACCCGUUCGGCCACUCACGUGAGAUGGCGUCGCUGUUCGCGCAGCUGGGCUACGAUGGCUUGUUGUUCGGCCGGCUGGACUACCAGGACAAGCAGCACCGCUUCAUGACCAAGACGGCGGAGAUGGUUUGGGAGGCCAGCCCCAACCUGGGCAAGGCAGCAGACUUGUUCACGAGCGUGCUCUACAACAACUACGCUCCUCCACCAGGUUUCUGUUUCGACAUCAUGUGCAGCGAUGAGCCAAUCAUAGAUGAUGAGCGUAGCCCAGAGUACAACGUGCCCCAAAGGGUGAAUGAGUUUGUAAGCUACGCAGCGAAACAGGCAGUCAGUUACACCACGAAUCACAUUGCUGUCACAAUGGGAGAGGAUUUUAACUAUCAAGAUGCCCACACGUGGUUUAAUAACCUGGACCGUCUCGUAAAGUACGUUAACCAGCGGGAGGACAGUGGACUGAACGUGGUAUACUCGACUCCUUCGUGCUACCUGAAGGCACUGAACGAUGCCAACCUCACGUGGCCCACGAAGGACGAUGACUUCUUUCCCUACGCCAGCGACCCACACUCGUACUGGACCGGCUACUUCACCUCGCGCCCCACCCUCAAGAGGUUCGAGCGUGUUGGCAAUAACUUUCUGCAGGUGUGCAAGCAACUGUACGCUCUGAGUGACCUUGGACCCGAAGACAAGGUCGACCUGAACGCCAUGCGGGAGGCCAUGGGCGUCAUGCAACACCACGACGCAGUGACCGGGACAGAGAAGCAGGCUGUGGCUCAGGACUACGCCCGCAUCCUGCACCUCGGCAUCGUGGAGUGUGACAUCAUCGCCAACGCUGCCUUCAACAAGCUGUUAUCACACUCUGGCCCGGGCGCGCCCCGCCGUGAUGAUCCGGUGGAGUUCUACUCCUGCAUGUUGCUGAACGUGAGCCAGUGCGAGCCCACCGAGGGGCAGGACAGCUUUGUGGUGACAGUGUACAACCCCCUCAGCCAGGCUGCGUCGCCGUACAUCCGCUUGCCCGUCACCGGCAAGGCCUACUCCGUCAAGGACCCCGACAAGAAAGAACAGCGCUCGCAAGUGGUGCCCAUCCCGGACGCAGUGCAGAGCAUCCCCGGAAGGUUCAGCCAGGCGACCAACGAACUGGUGUUCCGGGCCGUCAAUCUGCCGCCCAUGGGGUACCGCUCCUACUUUGUCUCACCCUCCAGCAGUACUGCCAGGGAUCCCCAGGUGUUCGUGCGGGACGGAGAGACAGUCACCAUUGGCAAGAGGGUGCGCGUGGUGCUGAACGCCACGACAGGGCUGGCGGCCAUGCAGGUGGGAGACUUGCCACUGCACCAGGACUUCUACUACUACGCUGGCUUCCAGGGGAACAACGAGGAGUUUGUCAACCGCUCCUCGGGAGCCUACAUUUUCCGACCCAAAGGCAGCGACCCCAUCAGGGUAGCUGCAAAAGUCCAGUCAAAAGUCUAUAAAGGUCCGCUGGUGGACGAGAUCCAUCAGGUGUUCUCUGACUGGGUCAGCCAGGUGAUUCGCGUCUACAAGGAAGAGAACCAUGUGGAGCUGGUGUGGCAGGUCGGGCCAAUCCCCAUCAAUGACUCGGAGAGCAAGGAGGUGAUAUCGCGCUUCAGCAUUGACCUGGCCACCAAUGGCACAUUCUACACGGACUCGAACGGACGGGAGCUGCUGGAGCGCCGGCGGGACGCGCGGCCCACCUGGCAGCUGAACAUGUCGGAGCCCGUGUCUGCCAACUACUACCCCGUGACGUCGAGGAUCCUGAUCCGGGACCCGGCCCGGAAUGUAGAGGUGGCCGUGUUGACGGACCGGGCCCAGGGUGGCUCCAGCCUGCGCGAAGGCCAGAUGGAGCUCAUGCUCCACCGUCGCUUGCUGCACGACGACGCUUUCGGGGUUGGGGAGGCUCUGAACGAGACUGCGUUCGGGAAGGGUCUGGUGGCCCGGGGGACACACUACGUGAUCGGAGGUGCCGUGUCGGGAGGCAGCCCCAGCCUCACCGCGCUCGAGCGGGAGCUGGCGCAGAGGAAGCUGCUGGAACCAUGGAUCUUCAUUUCCCCCGCCAAGAAGCUGCGGUUCAGGCAGUGGGCCUCCCGCCACAGGAUGGAGUUCUCGGGUCUGACGAAAGGAUUACCUUCCAACGUCCACGUUCUAACGCUUGAGCCAUGGAAAGGCCGGUCGCUGCUUGUUCGACUAGAGCACAUCUUGGAACAGACUGACGACUCCGUGCUGUCAAAGCCAGUCACCGUUAAUCUGCAGGACCUGUUCUCUCCGUUCACAAUUGUGUCUGCACGGGAGACAACUUUGGGAGCCAAUCAGUGGCUCGAGGAUCUUGAUCGGCUGUCGUGGAAGAAAGAAUCCAAUGACAUCAAUGCAGACUACAAAGAGGAACGACAGCAUUGGAAACCUCCUGUUGUUACUUUGUCACCCAUGCAAAUCAGAACCUUCAUAGUUGACAUCCAUUUCCACUAACAUGUUAUAAGUGCCCAGAUGUGCAUAAAUGGUUCGAGCAUUUUAAAACUGAAAUACCUAAUUAUAAUCAUGUGGGUGACUCGCCAUUGAUAUAUAGCUUUGUGUUUAAUGACUGAUUUCAUCUUUAUAGGGGAAAAAAGUAUAUAAUUUUUUUUAUCGCAUUCCUUAUAAAAAUUGUAAUGAAUAAUUAAAAUCACUUUAUAAAAAA